AUGGCUACUUGGACAUAUCCUACCGACAUGCACCCUUGGUUUCGAACACCGUCUCUCAAACGCAAGUUGACCGAUGUCAAUGUUUCUGUUGUUGCAGAGCAUGGUUCUACUACACCACCGCCCACUGUGUGUCAUAAGCGACGCAGAUGUGAUGUGCUGGAGCGAGGGCUCGCGCGACUGACAUUGGCGGCUUGUUGCGAUAGGCCCACAGAUUCUGUAUCAACCAACUGCGACCCUAAUCGCGCAUCUGGCCUAGGUCGAGCAGCGUCCAGCUCUGCCUCUGCAAUCGUGAACAGCGUGGAACCGUCUGCAGGUCUCCCAACACCAUUGACCGAACCUUCACUUCUACCCACGGCUCUAGAUCUGCCUUCAAUUCCCAUUAUCUUUCCCAGUUCAGUCGAUGAACCUACGUCUCCUGGCCACGUGAAUGAUCAGCCGGAUGUGCACAUGAAGAUUCCGUCAUGGUAUGAGGUGGAGAAAGAUCGCAUUGUCAUCACCGAGUUAGAGGACUCCGACCUGGAGGAGGAUCUAUCCACCUCAGACGAGUUGUUCAUCUCUCCUGCGCUCCUCGGUCGUCUACCAAGGCAGCUACUAUCCCUACCCUCCCGUGCGCCAAAAACCGACUCAAGCAGAGCCUUGGUAUUAUUCAAGCCCCCCAUUAUCGCAGAACCGUUCUCCAGAGAGAAUAAGAAUAAGGUGGACGAGGAAGAUGAAGCAGCUGGCAAUAGGCAGGACACGGACGCGGACACUCCGAUGGACAUCCAAGCGGAUGACGAUAAUGAUAUGGAAAUAGAGUUGCUUUGA